AUGACACAGGUUCCUCUCAAUUACUCGUCCAAGGAUGAUGGGAAAACUGUAGUACUUGCGAUGAUCAAGGCUCCAGCUAAUACCACCAGUUCAGCCCAUGGAGGUCCCGUGUUUAUCAACCCAGGAGGUCCCGGUGCCAGUGGGGUUGAAUUCAUGCAAAUCGCCGGUGAAUUUCUACACACAAUCAUUGGGAAACAAUUUGACAUCGUCUCCUUUGAUCUGCGAGGUGUCAGUUUCAGCUCUCCCAAAGUAUCAAUCUUCAAUUCCACUGAUGAAGCUUCCAACUUUGCAUCCAGUGAGAUUUAUGAUUUAAACUCCACCUCUACCGCAAUGUCAGAGGAAUGGGAAAGAUACCAGCUUCUUGGAAAACUGGCUGUGGAGCGUGAUGUCGAUGGGUUUCUAAGUCAUGUAUUGACGGAUAAUGUUGCCCGAGAUAUGUUACAAAUGCUUGAGGCUAUGGGACAGCAGAAGCUGCAAUACUGGGGAUUCUCGUACGGAACGGUAUUGGGUGCUGUCUUUGUGACAAUGUUCCCCGAUCGCGUUGACCAUUUAGUCGUCGACGGCAUUGUGGAUAUGGAUGGUUAUUUCGCGAACGACGCCAAGGACCAGAUCGCAGAUGCCGACAAAGUCAUGCAAAUCUUUUUCGACGAGUGCUUUGUUGCAGGCCCUCAAAGUUGUGCUUUCCACUCCUUGUCUCCGGCUGAGAUUUCCACGAACUUGAAUGCACUCUACGAAAAGGUCCGCGCUAACCCUGUUCAAGUCCCAACGGGAAAUACCUCUAUUCUGGUCACAUACGAUCUACUUCGACAAGUUGUCUUCUCAACUCUGAGUAGUCCGCUUGCGUUUCCCCAGCUUGCUCUGGCACUGCAAGAACUUUCGCAGGGCAACGGGACCGCUGUCGCAGCACAAUUUGUUGCUGCAUCUGCAGAGACUCUCAAGAUCCUUGAACCUUACCUCGCUGUAGGGUGCGGAGAUGCAGUCCCACAGAAUGCCAGUCCCUUGGAGUUGAUGGCAUAUAUGAACACUAUAAACUCAACAUUUGCAAGCUUGGGCAUCGCGUCCAUGGCACGGUGCAUUGGAUGGAAAGUACACCCUGAAAGUCGUUUUAAAGGUGUGCGGCAAUCCUCGUGUUUACACGCUGGUCUCUGUUGUGGUACUCACACACAGUUGGAAGGACCGGUUGGGGGGAACACCAAAUUUCCUCUUCUAGUCAUUGGAAACACCGCUGAUCCAGUCACUCCCCUUGCUGCAUAA